AUGGCGGAGCCUCCGGGGGAGCCCCGGCCCCGAUCCCGGGCACAGGUACGGGAACAGGGGGAGAGCACGGGGGGGGGCCGCGUGCCCGCCGCGCGGGUCCUCCAGUACCUGUCGGCCGUGACCGGGCGGCCCCCGGACGAGCGGCGCCUGCGCGCUCUGGGCUCCAUGCUGGAGGCGGCGGACGGCGCAUGCGCGGGGGCGGGGCUGGACCGGGCCGCGUUCCACAGCGUCAUGGGGAGGUGGAUCCGGAAGUGCCGCAGGGGCUCGUGGCUCGGGGAGGAGCUGGAAGUGGCCGCUGGAGACCUUGGUCCAGCAGAGGAAGCUCCCACAGAGGCAGAGACCGAGCAUGGUGCAGAGCCAGGCCCGGAGCCGCUGCAGUUCCUGUCCCGGGCCCAGCUCUUGGCCAUCUACAACCAGCGGCUGCAGCGCGAGGCCGAGGCCAGCGAGGAGCAGAACUCGCGCCUGGGGGAGGAGCUGCAGGAGCUCCGGGGGCAGCUGCGCAGCACCCAGCAGGCACUGGAGCGAGCGCGCGCGGCCACUGAGGAGCUGGAGGACACCAAGGCUGCGGUGAAGGGGCUGGAGGAGCAGAACCUGGAGCUGCGGCGCAGGAUGAGGACCCUGGAGAAGGAGCAGAGCAGCCUCCGGUCGCACGCGGAUGGGCUGCAGGAGGAGACCCAGCACCUGCACAGCGAGGGGCAGGAGCUGCGGGCCCAGCUGCAGGCACUGGUGCCCUCGGUGACGCUGCUUGAGCCUCUGCCCCAGGCCCAGCUCUGCCGCUGCUCCGAGCUCCUGCUCAGCCACGAGGCCACCGCAGCCCAGGCCGGGCAGAGGGUGACUGAGCUGACAACAGCACUGGAAGAGUACGAGACAGCAGUGAGGGAGCAGCGGUUGGAGGCAGCACGGCUCCAGCAUCAGUUGGAUCAGCUCCAGGAGACCUGUGGCCUGCAGCUCUGGGGCACACUCGGUGACACCCCCAUGGGCCAGGUAAGGGUCAGGGGACCCCAAUGGGGGGCAUCAAUGGGGGGGUAUCAAUGGGGGUGCCCCAUGGAGCUGAGCCUGGUGCCCCCCCAGGAGGGGGCUGAGCCCCAGCAGGAUGAGGCCGAGCUCUCAUUGACGCCCAUAACGCCCUCAUUUACCCCAUAG